ACACUCUCUCUCUACAUACAUAUAUAUAUAGAGAGAGAGAGAGAGAGACAGGGACCAAAACGGACAAAGAAGAAGGAGAAGAAGAAGAUAAUGAUGAGGAGGGAAGCGCUUUUGAUGGAUGUGAUCCUAAUCUUCGCCACCGUCGCGGCAUUAUUGUCGGUAAGCGAGGUCUCCGCCGCAGAAGAGACGGCGGUCCGCCUCCCACUAUAUCGCCGGCGAUCGGUGAGCUUCAUCGGCGACAUUCUCAGCGACGACGUCAACCGUCACUCCCUCAUCUCCCGCAAGCGCCGUCUCUCUUCCGACGGCGCCGUCGAGAUGCCGUUGGGGUCGGGGAGGGAUUUCGGGACGGGUCAGUACUUGACGGAGCUGCGGGUCGGGACGCCGUCGCAGAAGUUCACGGUGGUCGUGGACACCGGCAGCGAGCUCACGUGGGUGAAUUGCCGCUACGGAUGCCGGAGAAACUGCACGGAACGUCGGAGAAAGCGGCGGCGGGUGUUCCGGGCCGACCAGUCGUCGUCGUUCCGUACGGUGGCCUGCGAGUCUCAGACAUGUAAGAUUGAUCUCAUGAACCUCUUCUCUCUCUCCACAUGCCCUUCCCCCUCCUCUCCUUGCGCCUACCAUUACAGAUACGUAGACGGGUCAGAAGCAGAGGGAAUAUUCGGGGAGGAGACGGUGACGGUGGGGCUGACCAACGGCCGGAGGGGCAGAGUCAAGGGAGUAUUAGUGGGCUGCAGCCACUCCUUCAGCGGCCUCAGCUUCCGCAGAGCCGACGGCGUUCUUGGUUUAGCCUUCAGCCGUUUCUCCUUCGCCUCCGUAGCUUACCAAAUCUACGGGCCCAAGUUCUCGUACUGCCUCGUCGACCAUCUCAGCCACCGGAACGUCUCCAACUACCUCGUCUUCGGCUCUGGUUCCAACCACUCGGCCCACACACGUCACACCCGGCUCGAGCUUGAUCUCAUCUCUCCCUUCUACGCCGUCAACCUCGUCGGAAUCUCGAUCGAUGACCACUUUCUCGACAUCCCCCCUCACGUAUGGGACGCCACCCGAGGCGGUGGAACCAUCCUGGAUUCCGGGACCAGCCUCACCUUCUUGGCCGAGCCCGCUUUCAGGCCGCUCGUCUCGGGCCUUCAGGGUUACGUCUCGAGGUUCAAGAUGGUGAAACUGGAGGGGGUGCCGAUGGAGUACUGCUUCAGCUCGGACGGGUUCGACGAGGAGAGGAUGGUGCCGCGGGUCACGUUCCAUUUCGCGGACGGGGCUCGGUUCGAGCCCCACCGUAAGAGCUACGUCAUAGACGCCGCCCCCUCGGUUAAGUGCCUGGGGUUCGUGUCGGCUGGCUCGGCUCCUGCCACCAACGUCAUCGGCAACAUCAUGCAGCAGAAUUAUCUCUGGGAGUUUGAUGUUUUCGCCAAAACUCUCGCUUUUGCUCCUUCUACUUGCUCUUAAGCUAGCCCCUUUUUUUUUACACAUAUAUAAAAUAUUUUAUAUUCAUGCAUAUCUCUUCCUUAGUUUUUUUUUUAAUGGGCAUUAAUUGUUAGUGAACAAAUGAAAUACAUACCUAUAAGUGUUUACACC